GUUCGAAUUGUGACGUAACCAUGUUGUUCCACAGUUCGAUGCCCUGUUCUUCGUUGUUGUUGUGGAGACGAUUCUUAUGAUGCAACAAUGCACCCCUUCGUAUCAUGUAAACAUGCGACUUCGUCCAGCUUUUUGCUGGCUUGAGCAGACUGACAAGAUUGUAGAAUUCUUCAAUCUGGACAAGGCCACCUGUCAAUAGUAUGGAUCUGAAUGAUUGUGAGUCGGACGCAGUGCAUGGCGAGUGUGUGCGGCAUGGGUACCUCCUGCGGGACACGACGCUGGGUACGGGGUCCUUCGGGCUGGUCCGGCUGGCCAGGGCACAGGAAGCGGCAAAGACACGGAACCGUAGACUUGAAGAGGAUACCAAUAAAAAGGGCAACGACAGGGUGGCAAUAAAGAUCCUCCAUAAGAAAGCCCUCCGACAGGGGAAAGACAAGUUUUUUGUCAAGAGGGCCCUCAAGCGGGAAGUGGACAUACUGCAGGGCCUUGACCAUCCGCAUGUGAUCUACCUGUACGAAAACUUUGAGACAGCUGCCCGUAAGUACCUGGUGCUUGAGUACGCACAGAAGGGCCAGCUCAGCGUGUUCGUGCACCGGUACCGGGUGCGCAGGGGCAUCGGUCUGCAUGAGGACUUGGCCCGCCGCUUCACUAACCAGCUGGUGGACGGACUGAUGCACGUGCACGGUCACGGCUUCGUACACAGAGAUAUCAAAGACGAGAACAUUCUGCUGGAUAGUGAAUUCAACGUCAAGAUUUCAGACUUCGGAUUUGCCACGAAGAUGACGAAGGGUUACAUGCGAGAGUAUGGACCAAUGAAACGUCUGGAAACUUUUUGCGGUUCUAUGGAGUACAUGGCUCCCGAGAUCCUCCGCGCCGAGCCCUAUGAUGGUGUGCUGGCGGACAUAUGGAGUCUAGGGGUAGUGUUCUACACGAUGCUUGCCGGAGUCCGACCCUAUAACGUACCGACAGACUUGGACAGGGAAGUGCGGAUAGAGACGUUACUGCAGAAAAUGGAGGGAGAACUAGAUUUCAGCAAGAGCAAACAUCUGUCAAACGAAUCCAAGUACUUAGCCGAGAAGAUCUUACAAGUGGACACGAAAAGGCGGCCCAGUCUGAAGCAAAUCAGUACCAAUUCCUGGCUACGGAGACCGUACGUGAAGUCUGAGGAUGUUCCGGAACUUGUGGUAUUUUUUAAAGAACACUAUGGCGACAUGGAGAGUCCCAAGAGCUCGGACUGCAAUGCCGAGAAUAUCCGCCAGGUGGAUGACGAAGAGGCUGUCCAGUCGGGCAGGGAGGGAGGGGCGGAAAGUAGUAGUGACGCGGGCAGUUUUAAACCACAGUUAGGACCUCAGGGUUUGGAUGCAGACCUGGAUGGAAGGAAAGCGCCUUCUCCUUUAAACACAACUCCUGAGGAACUCAGCCAAGACGAACCCUACGGAAAACCCACGGACCCGACUGCAAACUCUACGAAUGCCAGAAACUCAAGAAGGGAGCGGAAGCGAGUUGGGUUGGACAAGACAUCGGAUAGAAACGAGCUAGAAGAGUCAGCCCAACAGUUGAAGAAGGAAGGCCAUAACAAAAUAGAACAUCAGGAUCAAAAACAGAGGCGACGUGCAAAGAGUAACACCAAGCAAAACACGAAAAAUCCAGAGUCAGGAAAGGCUAAAGAGGAGGAUAACACAGUUGCAAUUCCCGACAGAAAAGAAUCCAAGAAAGAGGUCAACAAACAAAGGAAGACAUCUGAAGAUGGGACUAAAGUUAAGAGUAAAAUAGCGCCGCCAAGCGAUGGACAAGUAAACCACAUCUCAGCUGACAACAGGAAGAGCAUCAAGAGAGAGGAAUCACGUGGGCAACGGAUAAAUGAAGUGGCAGAAAAGCACACAAAGAAAGAAUUGCACGAGCCCUCCACUGACGAUCACGUGACGGUCACGCGGAAGAAUCGUGGCUCUACUUUAAAGAAGAAGAAAACCAACCGUGUUGGCGAUGGAAAGCGCUUCCAAGCAAAGAAAAUAAAAACUCCAGACCACACUUAUGUCGAGGCUCCAGUCCACACUGCGGUCGAGGCUUCAGUCCACACUGCGGUCGAAAGCAUUCAGGAUGACUACGAUUACAGCGAUGACUUUGAAGAAGAUUCUGAGGACAGUACAUCCAGUCUUGUAGUUGAGGACAUCAGAGAUCAUAAGACAACUGGCGUUCAGCUGACCGAGAAACAGGAUAAAGUCCAGCACCACAAAAAAUCUGUUCCGGAAAGGCGUGACAAAAAUCCGAAGAAUAUCACGCUGAAGAAGAAACGUGCAGCUAAAACAGCGCUUUCUUCUAUUAAGAGUAAGGCAAGUGAGCCAGCAAUGGGACGGUUGCAUUCGUCCGGAAAGGCAAGGGCCGUUCGGGGGGUUAAGAGCGACCACGCUUCACCAUGGUACUCCAAGAAGAGAGAGUCUUCUCCCGAAACCCUUUCUCCGCCUCCUCCGGAGUUGAUAACAGCUGGAGACGGAAAAAUCGAAGAUCUCAGAUCUGAAGCUUCCUCAUUCGACUUGGAAGAGGAGAACGAGCUGCGUGCUGCAGUUCCUUUGAAGGUGAAAAGAGGGAGCUCCAAUCGCGUCCGGACUGUGACGAAAAACAACAAGAAGGUGGCGCGCUUGACAGGAAAAAGAAGCGAAGGUGCUGUUGUUGGUGGAAGGAAUAUCAAAAAACGAGACCGUAAAGCGAGAAAGAAGCUUGGCAACCAAAGGAGGAAUCGCGAAGAGAAGGUAGAAGCUGACCGUUUUCUCCCACCGAUAGACACCAAUUGGAAGGCGGGCCAGCUAGUCGCCCAGCUCCCGCCCAUGGAUACCAAGCCUGCCGGUGAUGUUCAACGGUUCCGAUCAAGGAUGUUAUGCACUCCCCAUGCCAAAACGGGGAGGAUCCAAACUAGAGGGAAGAGCUCUGAUGACGCCCAUCUUUCUCGGAACGGCGGAAGAAACCGACUGAGUGCUUGGCCGUAGACAAUCAAACAAUGAACUGUGUUGAGUAACGUGUAUUCAUUAUACAUAUUACAAAACACAUAGGGUUAAAGCAGUGGGCAUGACAUGUACAACAAAGGAGGAAAAUCUCACCAUAAUUUCUCACAGUUAAAACAAGUCAAGCUCAAUAAGUGGCAAGAAACGUAAUAAAAGAGUACAGGGCUUUCAA